UAUAAACAUAGCCGUACUGAAAAAAAGACUUGCUGGCCGCAGUGCGCUUGCGUAAUGUACUUGAGAACGUAAUUUGGAUACGAUGACUCGACGAGGAUUCUCUUUUUUACAGGAAAAUGACUAAGAGAAAUGCUCCCGCCAAUAAAGCCCCAGAGUCAAACCCUUCACCCCCAAACCUGGACACAAGGUUUGUGAUUGGUGGACUGCGUCUGCGGUCUGGAGCAGGGGCUUGGUUGUUGUUUGCUGUUGUUUUGUUGUUAGUAGGAAUCUACCUAACUGCGGCCGGGUAUUGGAACAUUCAGCCCCGCAGACAAACAGUACAGUAUGGUUCAACCGGACGCACCUCUUCAGAGAAGCUGAGGCUAAUUGGUCCCGUCAUCAUAGGGGUGGCGCUUUUCAACAUUAAUUGUGCCAAUGCACUUCUCCAUAUUAACCGUAAUAUGGAACUGGAGAACAUGAAAAGCAAAUGGCAGAGGUACAGUCCUUCGAAACCAUUCUCACAAGCAAACUCAAACAGGCACAAACUGGACUGUUCUGAAACUUACAACCGUUGCGUAGAAGAAGGGUCAGGAAUUCCCACGCUGGAGUGCUCAUCUUCGUCCUUAAGCAUAUGUAGCUCCAGUCAAGUGAAUUUGGAGAUCGGAUCACCUGGAGAAUGCCGGACCAUGGAAACAUCGGCCUUGCCUGUUAUUAAACUCAAUGAUCAGCUCCUUAGUCACAGAAGCUCCAGUGAAUGGACGUACCGGAAAAAAGAUCGCAGGGGAAAACAUGACAUCUUCUCUGAGGACAUUGUGAUUUGAUUCCAAUUAAAACAAUUGUGAUUUGCAUGUUAUUACGUUACUACAAAUAAUGGAUUAAACACUGGUUAACAUCAGUGAAUUAUAUUAUUUCCUCACAGGUUGUGCCUUAAUUUUAUUGUUUUGAUUUUUAACUUGGCUUGUUUGCUGUAAUGAAUAAACUUUUCAAGCAAAGUUCUUAAAAGUUACAGCAGCCCAAAUGAACAUUUAUAUUAAAAGAUUCAGGGCUAUAAGCCCAACUAAAGCAAACACCUUUCUCCAUGAUGGUGACUUUAGUCUAUGUGGUCCACAAAUGUUUUAAGAUAACUGGGCCACAUUUGCCAUAUCUUCUCUGUGCCACUUUAGGCUCACAGCCACAUUAGCCAGAGCUAACUGUGCCAAAUAUUGUCAAUUCUAAUUUUCAGCAAGUGAAUAAAUGAACAAUAAUAAUGAAGUGUGGUCAAAAACAGUUAUAUCCUAACUUACUUCCUAUUCUUAUGCCCCACAUGGUGAUGCAUAUGUCUCCAAAACCUGGCAGGUGGACAAAUAUAAACU